GAGAUGCCGGAGAGUCACCGCCAGCCGGCGACCGAGCUGCCGAACAGCCGGUGAAGACUGAAGCUGCUGCAGACGGCGACGCCAAGCCUUCAACCACAACCACCGAGAGACACAUCUCCAUCCAAACUAAACUGGAAGGCCUCGAGGGGCUGGUGGACCUGAAUGGUGCGGGACGUAAGUCGUGUCCUCUGUGUCCCGAGGAGAAGUUUAAAGCCUGCUACAGCCACAAGCUCCGCAGACACCUGCAGAACCUCCACUGGAAAGUCUACGUGGAGUUCGAAGGCCAGAGGAUGUGCAUCUGCCACCUGCCCUGCAGAAACCUGAAGCCCAGCUCCAGUGGAGAUCAGGCCUCGGGGAGACACGUGGCCCACUACCACUGCGUGGUGUGCUCUGUCACCAUCGCCCGUAAGACGGACAUGGUCAGCCACCUGAAGCGACACGUCAACAAAGGAGAGACCGAGGCCAGCUACUCCGGGAGCUCAGACGUGCCGUUUGACGAGCCGGCUCCGUCUGGCCAGGCGUAUGAAAUCAUGAAGGAACUGGGAACCAACGUUCAGCUCCUCCCGAACCACACCACGCCGCAGAAGAGCGACACCUACUUCAACCGCAAGAUGAAGACCAACAGGCAGCUGGUGUUCUGUUCGCUGGCGGUUCUGGCGGAGGAGAGGAACCCGAUCGAGUGUCUGGAUGCUUUCGGAGCCACAGGGAUUAUGGGCCUCCAGUGGGCGAAGCACCUUCGUAACGCCGUCAAAGUGACCAUAACCGAUAUCAGCGACACGUGCGUGAAAAUGAUCAAAGAGAACUGCGAGCUCAACAACAUCCGGGUGGACGGCGGCUCACGAGGCCCCCGGGGGCCCGACGGGGCGACCAGCGAAGUGGAGGGAUCGCCCAUCGCUACGGUGGAGGUCGCCAAGAUGGACGCCAACGUCACCAUGCACCUGUGGCCCUUUGACUACAUUCACUUGGAUCCGUUCGGGACGGCCGUGAACUACCUGGACGCUGCCUUCAGGAACGUGCGUAACCUGGGCAUCGUCUCGGUGACGUCCACAGACACGAGCUCUCUGUACUCCAAGUCUCCCAACGUCACGCUGCGUCACUACGGCUGUCACAUCGUCCGCACCGAGUACUACAAAGAGCUGGCUGCUCGCAUGGUGGUCGCCACCGUGGCCCGGGCGGCGGCUCGCUGUAACAAAGGUAUCGAAGUCCUGCUGGCGGUGGCGUUGGAGCAUUUCGUCCUGGUGGUGGUGAGAGUUCUCCGAGGUCCCACGCAGGCCGACGAGUCGGCCAAGAAGUUACGGAAACUGCUCCACUGUCAGUGGUGUGAGGAGAGAGUCUUCCUCAGACAGGGAACCAUGGUGGACGACUCGCUGCCCUGUAACUGUCAUGGAAGUUUGCCUGGAAGGACUGCGGUGCAGCUGGGGCCGUUAUGGUGUGGUCCUCUGUUUAAUAUCGUCCUUGAGGGGGGGGGGGUGACAACACAAGUUUGUAAAAGAUGGAGUCACUGCUGGGUUCCCUCUCAGUUUAGUUUUUCCUGUCCAGCUCUAAUGUUCGGUCUCUCUCCAGCGAAGAGGAAGUCGGGAGACGAGUCGGGGAACGUAGUGAAGAAGAUGAAGUCCGAUGCGUCUCUGGAUCACCCGCCCUUCUACUACAGCAUCCACCGCCACAGCAUCAGAGGCAUGAACAUGCCCAAGUUGAACAAGUUUCUUCAGUACCUGACGGAGGCCGGCUUCAGGGUGAGUCGGACUCACUUCGACCCGACGGGCGUUCGAACCGACGCCACGCUGGAGCAGUUUAAGUCUGUCCUCACCAAGUACAGCGUCCCCACGUACACCAACGCCAACGCCGCGCAGAGCAGCGCGAGCGCCGAGACGACCCAGUGAGAGAAACGAGAGCAGAAAAUCAUUCACACGAAAUCAUCCGCUCAUCUGGUUUCUACUGUUUCUGUGUCACCUGAACAAAGUUCUGACUGCACUGAUGUCUGAUGCUUUAACUAGAACUAAGUAGAAACUCUUUAAUCAAACCAAAACUGGUGAGGAUUGCCUUUUGCUAAAACCGCACACCAAACUGAUCCUGCAGCACGGAUGAUGUUUCUCUAUUUAUUUCAGAUUUCUCUUUUUAUUUCAUUACUUGCUGAUUUAUUGUCUUUUUUUCUGUUUGCUCAUCCUGUCUUCUAAAAACAUAUUAAAAAUCGGUCUGCGAAGCCUGAAUAUCUCA